UAUAUGAUAAAUAUUUAGUAGUGUCCACUUAACAUAAAUAGGGCUAGGCUGGUUUUUAAAAAAUUUGUUUCUAUUAAAAAUUUGUUUUUCCGUUCACUGUUCUUUAAAAUAUUUCUAUCUACGUUUUUGUUUUCUCGUAUAACUCGUGCUUGCCACCAUAUUGCAUGCACCUCUAAAUCCGCUCUAGACUUCUUAGUUUGGUUUUUUUGAAAUAUUUUAAAAAUAUAAAUUACCUUACCUAUGCGGUUCAUAAAAAUUGUGUUACACUCGAAUAAAUGAAAGUUUUUGUUUAAAAUGUCCGAAAAUAUUCCACCAUUGAUUCCAGCUUCACCGCCUCCCAUCACCAAACAGGACUGGGAAGACGAUGACGAUUAUUUGGAUUAUCCUCAUUCAGCCUUAGAAAUUCCAUCCGAGUCUAGUUUAAGUCCCGUCAAUAGCAGAUGGAUUCCAGAACUGCCUUUUGAUGAGGAGCCCAUUGAGAAGGUAGUUGGUCAUAAUGAAAUCAAUGAAGAUAACAUGAUUUCUGAACUAUCACUAAAUGUGAUUGAUAAAGAUUUUAUAGAAAAAUCAUCAGCCGAAAUUGAAUCAAGUUUUAAUCAAACAACAAUUAAUACUUGGAAAGAUGAAGAAACUAUUAGUUCUAAUAACAAUUUUGACAAAGUCAAUGGUUUUAUUUGUGACCAGGAAUCUGACCAAAAAACAUUAUCUAACAGGAAUAGAACAAUUUUAAAAAGUGAAGAACUUGUUAUUCAAUCUUAUAAUUUAGAAAAUGUCAAUAAUAAUAUUGUGUCGCAGUGUUUAUCAAGUGUAGAAAAUAAUAAAGAAGAUAACGUUAAUCAUCAAUUAGAACCUAUGUCAAUAGAAUUUCCUAAUAAAAAAUUAUUAGUAAAUGGUCAUUUAGAAUAUACAGAAACCAAUAAAUCAGCUUCUAGAAUUAAUUGUGUUGAAAAUGUUGUGUCAGAAUGCAUGGAAGACAACAUUUAUAAUACCAAGUCAAAAAUUGAUAUAGUAAAUGGCUUACAAAAUAUUACAAAUGAAUUAUCUGGUAUUAACAUAAGUGAUCAACAAAGUAACUAUACUGAAUUUUGUAGCAUUGAAACCAGUCCAACAAAUUGUGUUAAUAUAUCUUUACCGAAUCGAACUCCCGAGAAUAUUGUUGAGAAAGUUAGUGAUGAUUCUACUAAUACUAAAACUAAUGUACAUGUGGAUUAUGUACCAGAGACCCAAUUCACAGAACUCGAUGAAAAUAAUCCUACCUUAAUUGAAAAUAAUAAACAUGAACAUGUCAAAUCAAUAUGUACUAAUUAUUGCUCAAGUCUUCAAAAUCAAGAUGAAGUCAACAAAAUUGAACAUGAUUUGGAUGCUGAAUUUGAUGAAUUUUGUGAUUUCCAUGCAUUCCCCACAUCCGCGCCAGUGGCUAACCCAACUAGUACAGCCAACAAAACUGAUGAUGAUUUUUGUGAUUUUGAAAGUAGUAUGCCAAUGUUUAACAACUAUAGUGAACACACAAAACCAAGUGGUAAAAUAAAUGCUCAACCUAGUGUUUUAAAUCAAGAUAUUGAAAAUGACAAUUUUUGUGAUUUUGAACCUGGUUCUUCUGUAGCUGAAUUUUUAGAAAAAAAAGAACUUGAUGAUUCAAAACUACAUAUGAUUCCAAGCACAACGCUCGACUAUAAAGAAUUAUGCAAUAAUAUUUUUCAAGAGGAUUAUCUACAACCUGAAGAAGUUCAUGUACUAAACUUAGACGAUGAGAUAACGGAGUCAUGUGUUUGGAAUAGUUUAAAAGAUAUAGAAUCCAGCCCAGCUUUAAAAUAUAAUUGGUCCAAAUCAGAAUCAAAUAAUGUUUUUCUAUCAUCUCUGUCCAUCGACUCAAGAAAUAUAUUAUAUGGUGCUUUUGGGAAUUCAAAAGUCCCAAGGUUUGCUGCAAAUAUGUCUAAUAAUCCAUUGGAACCGUUAAAAGCUUGUAAUAACGAUGCAUCCGAAGUAAAACUAUCUCCAUCUUUUUCCACUAGUCCGUCGCAGGAAACUGUACCAGACCCUGAAUUUGAUUGGAAAAGCAGUGGUCUAAUAAACCCAUUGGACUGUAAUAAUUCAUCGCUACUCGAUCUUGAGCUCCUUGAUACACUUGCACCAUGCUGUACAAACACCCUUCGACCUGAAAAAUGGAAAGUACGAGAGACUGUAAAAGAAGAAUUACCAGAAAUUGUAGAAGUAAGCGAUGACAAUUCUGAAAGUCCAGCAUUCCAAGAUUUCUUCAGUGUAUCGUCAUUGUCAUUGACUAAUAAUCAUGACUCAGAAACAGAAACCAAACAAAUGGAUGACAUUCUAGAGGACACCACUGCAACAACAAAUAGCACAAUAAUAGAUGCUUUAGAUACUAUAGUGGAUUCAGUCGUUAUAAUGGGCUCCACUACAAUAGACAAUACCUUGUACCCUGACACCUUAACUUCAAUAGAUACUGCCUUAAUGAACACCACUGCGAUAGACGCUAUAAAUGUAAUAGAUACCAUUCUAAAGGACACUAUUGCGAUGGAAACUAUCAAUAAAAAUGACAAUAUUGAAGAAGUAUUUGUCAAUCAAACGGAUACUACCAUUGAUAUAUUAACUAAUACCAUCAUAACGCAGUCAGAUGAAACAGCCCAAUCAAAUGAUGUUGCUGAGAGCUGUAAUAAUUCCAUAGAAACUAUUGUAAGUCUGGAAGCGCAAAAAAUAUUGGAUAGCCUACCGAAUUAUGAUGUACUACAAAAGCCUUAUUUAGUAGUUUUAAAAAAAGAUCACAACAUUACUACUUGACUAGUCUACAUUUUUUUUAUUACCGUAGGUACUUAAUAGCGUUUUCCUAGCGUUUUUUUAAAUUAAUUUAUUGUUUUUAUUUCAUUUUCAAAACGUAGGGUAAUUCAUUUGUGCAAUACAUUAAACCUUUCUAUCCAAUUAAUUUACUGUUACAAUAUUUAAAAUCUAAAUGAGUUAUAUUCCAACCUGUAUUUGUGUUAAAUGUUGUUUUCGUUUAUUUUACCACCUUAACAAUAAUAUAGGUACAUUAUUUUUCUAUUUUAGGCAAUUUGAAAUAGUUCUUAAUUAUGAAUUAUUAUUAUUAUUAUUAUUAAAAUGCUUAGCAUUAGUCAAUUAUUGUAUUAUAGAACAAUAGCAUACAACGUCAAGCUAUAGAUGAAAUUGUAUGCAUUUACAUGUAGUAAGGUGCUCAAAAGUAUUACUGUUUGUGUUAUAUUUGCAAGACAAGUAAUACUAUGCUCAUUUUUAUUCCGUUGGAUUUUCAUGUUGUAAUACUGGAUAUAAUUAUAUUAAGUAGUAGAUAUUUGUAAUAACAUUUUUCAUUGCGUACAAGAUUAUUCUGUAUGUUAUUUUUUUAAGAUGUUGAGUAAAUUACAUUUUUUUUAAAAUAUUUUUUUAUAGGCUAUAUAUUGAAUUAGGGGUAACACCUUAUUAAUCUAAAACUGUUAUUUAGGCUAAUAAUGUUUUAUCAUUUUUUACUAGAUAGUAUUAUUUUUUUUUUUAAUUUUUACCAGUUUAGAAAAAUUAUAAUACUAUGUAACCUCUAUUUGUUUCCUAAAAAAGUACCAUAUUUAAUGACAACUCCAAAAUUUGCUUUAACGCUGCUAACAUUUAUAUCAUUAAUAAUAAUUGUAAAUAACUUACUAGCUGUAUCUAUUCAAUGAUGAUUUUUUAUGUACACCAAUUUAUUGUUAUUUAUUUUCAAUGUUUCUUUACAAUAAGUUUGGUUUUCCGUCCCGCUUAAAUGAUGUUAAGUUUAACUAAUAACCAUUAUUAAUAAUAAUUAUUAUAUUGAUCUCUUUGCUAGUUUAUUGUACUUAUUUUGCUUGUACUUUUACUUGCGUAUAAUAUGUUACCUUACUUAAGUAUUUACCUAAUAAUUUUUUUUGUUCUAAAAAUUAUUGCUUUACAAUUAUUUUAAUGCUUUUAUUGUUGUUGUUCAUGAAAAAAUAAUUGACCUUGUUAGACAAUGUACAUACUUUCUAUUUAAUUCCCAGUGAACAUUGUAGGAUUCUAUUUUAACUUAGGCUACUAAUACACAACUCACAAAAAAUUUAUUUUGUAAAUAAAAAAAGUUAAAUCAUAUAUUUUUAUCUCGAUGUAACAUGUAUAUCUUAUUGUGAUUGCUAUCAUUCCUU